AUGGAGGUGUAUACCCGACCGACAUUCAAUCAUGGAGACAAUGCAACCAAAACCGAAGUGUACGAAAUAAUUCAAACAGAGUUGUUCGCAAAAUCAGAUGACCGCAACCAUGACAUUGCCACUCUAAGGUUUGAGGACAAAGACGGGUUAUCUCACCCUGAAACACGAUGGAUUCAUUUCGAGAGUAAUCCGAUGAAUUGGGAGGUCUUCCGAAACGAGGCAUUAAGGCUGAAGAACAUAUCCGAGGCGACAAAAGUACUGAUAUAUUCAUUGUUCAAACACCUCAGCCAAAAAGAGAAGAGCUUCAUUCAUGGAAAAUACUUCGAUUCGACGGCAAUGAAUCUUGUUCCGAAAAGCGAUACCACGGUCGAUGAAUCUAGUGGUCAGAGUUCUGUCGCAUUUUUCGCAUUUCCUUAUAUGUCUCUUCAGCCUCUCAAGCCCCCAAGUGAUCUUGUUGAAGCUUGUCACCCAGUGAGAAGUCUUCUUCAAUUUCAAUACUCAUUUGAAUCGACAACCAAUCAGGAUGAAAAACAGAUUGUCCUUGAGACUGGAGAAUCAACUGAUGUAUUGCAUGUACCACAGGCAUGGUUACUCCUGAUAAAUGAUGAUGUCAUUCUCAGCAUGAGCCCCACAAAUUUGAAAGAGCUCCAAGGAGAGCAUCUGACACUCAAGAAGGCCAUUUCCUCGGAAUCAUAUUCUGGGGAUUCUCAAAUCCGGGUGAUCGAUCUUGAAGGAGAGGAGUAUUGCCUACCCAAAACACAAUGUCAAACAUGGUUUGAGUUUAUCAACAUGUUUGCGGGAGUUCUAGGGUCAGAAAAUCCCUUAUCAAGAUCUUUAUACGAUGACUCUUGGAAGGAGGGCUACGACUUGCAAUCCAAUCAUGAGACUAUCUCAGAGCGAAACUGGUCUGAAUUUUUCAAAAAGAAAAAACGUCAAGAUUUUGUCAUUUACAUCCGGCGCAAGCUCAGAGAGCAUGAUCUUGAACCCGAAGCUGAGGUUGUGCAACCGCCAGCAUACUUCCCGCCGACGCAGCUCCAUAGCCAAAUACCUCUCGCACAAGGAAAUAUAGUACAAGGUGAUGGAGUUGUACUCCCUGGAAUGCCGUAUGGAUCACUGGAAAACCAGUUUGUUCACCAGCAGGGCCUCAGACCUUACCCCUUCAACCCACCAGCGCCCCACUUUCCCCAAUCAAUGCCCAUGCCCCCAUAUCCCUUUUCCUAUGAGAUGUCUCCCUACACAAAGUCUCCUUAUGAAAAUGCGUACCCGUAUCCCACAAUUUAUCAUUCCAACACUACCGAUAUACUUCCUGCAAAGGCCGAAAAUUCUUUGACAAGAUUCACUCCAAAUCAAAACAGGUAUCCAUACUGUCACUCUAAUGGGCCCUCUUAUCACCCCUCGGCUCUCGAAAACACAAAAGCCCUCAUGGGCACAUCAAUAUCAAAAGAGAGUGAACUCCUCCUUCUAUCGUCCGAGGGAGCUCCAGGUGCCUUUCUCGUGAGACAUCCGGCCGUUUUUAAAAGAGGAAGAACAGCAGAACGUGGAAUAAAGCGCGAAUAUGAUAAGCGACCAACCCACGAAAAUGCCUGGAGAAAGCAGAAACAGCCGGUUCGAUUGAAAGACCUAAAUGGGUUUGAACUAGUUAUCCCCUGGCGUAUUGGAAGAUACUGGGAAAAAAUGUACUCGGUGAUUGGCGCAAAGAUGAAUGGAACACCUCAAGAUUGGUCUGCCUUCAUUGCUGGGAGAUACAGCCUGAUCGGCCCGAACGGGCCAAUCACUCCCUCUGAAUGGGACGACAAAAUUUUUCCUGGCUGCAAGGUUGAGCUAAAAAGCGAAGUCAAAAUUGGCAAUGCGCUUCGAGAGUCCCAGAUGCUCAAGCUACCGGAAAGUUCUUGGAUGAAGGACAGGUCCUCAUCGCAGAGCGAAGGUUCCGCAAGAACCGUCGUUCCCAGAUCCGCCAAUUCGCAUUCAUCGAGCAGAGUGAAGAGCAAGUCAGUAGAUCAAUUGGAGAAAAUAGCUCCUGAGGUCCAUGUUGAUCAGCAAUCAAUUCACUCGGUUGCUUCGAAUAAUCUCAGUCACGGCCAAAGCGUUCUGAGCUCGGUGCAUCGGGUUACAUCAGAGCAAUCUUCGGACCCUAAAGCUAACCCAGGAAGUCGACUAGUACCCGAAGUGGACGAGACUGAUGAUUUGACAGAAGUGCUUGUAUCAAAUGUGGAAGCUCAGGCGGAUGUAGAAAACAAAGACGAAGUCCCAAAGAAGCUCCGACGGGCUAAUUCUGAUAUGCAGAGCUUCGUCGAGGAUGGCAGUGAUGACGAAGAUUUCCCUUCGGUUGUCUCCAAGAGCUCACAUCUAUCGCUAUCUCCCUCGGCAAGAGUUGAUGUUGAGGUUCAUGAAAGAGAGGCACACACUCCAGAGCUCGAGCUCAAGUCUUCGAUUAGCACCGCCAGUCUUUCGAAAGAAGAAAUCGAUCCCGUCCCAUUACAGUCUACUCAAAACUUGUCCCCCAAGGCAUUGGAUUGCGAUCCGGAGCAAUUUUACCAGCCAGAAUCAAAAGCAGGCUCCCUUGCAUCAAAGAUGUCUGAAAUCCAGAAGAUCCGAGUCGCAACAGAUGUCAACGUUUGGGACUACCUGGUCUCUGACGAUGACGAGAACUUACUAGUAUCCCCCAGGGCUGAGGAUACAUCAGUUAACGCCUUGGACUAUCUGAUCGUUCCUCAAAGGGGAACAAGCGUCGAUGGAGUAAAUCCCUUUGUCUACCAGAACAGCAAUGAUACUUGGACAAUUAAGUCAACGUUGAGUCUGCCGGAUUCAUCAAAAGGGGAGACGACCUCUGAUUCCGCCGACUCUCUAUUGAAUCCCCCACGAUCUUCCUCACUUACAGAAUUGUCAUUUGGAGGGCAUGUGUCCACAUCGACCAAAGAACGAUUACGCAGCAAGUCGUUGCUUGGCAUUACUGAAGAUCCACAGCCAUGUCCUAUAUUUGCCUGGAAGGGAGAGACAGUCGACGAAAGAGUCAUCGACGCAUCAGAUAUACAUGCUCGACCUCAGGUGCCUAAUCAUUACAAAGCCAUUGAUAGCACCAUUCGUGAACUACUGAAAGAUCGAGACACUGAGGCUUUAUGGUCUGUUGUUGCACACGAAGAGGAACAAAUCGCCGUGAAAAAUGUUCCAGACUGCUCCAGGAUGCAAUUGACCGCACAGAUGGAGCGCAUUGACAUCGAAUUGAUCCAACAGGAAUCACAAGAACUCGCAAGGAAGCAAGCGAUCUGGGCAUUGAAGCAGAAAUUAAUUUCCAGUGCAGUUGGAAUCUUGGAUACAUUUGUGCCUGUGUUUUAUCAGGACAUUCAUCAAUAUUGGGUCAUCAAGAAGUUCUACGGUGCUGUUAUGAAGUUCGCAGAUGGAAAAUUCUCCGAAGAUUACCUUGAAAAGGUCGAGCAAGCCUUGUCAUAUUUCCACCAGAAGUUAGAAGAAAUCCAGGCGGGCGUCUCACAGGAACCAGCUGGAAAGACUACUGAGCUUUUCAUCCCGAAAGCAUUGGUUGAUGCUUUCAGCAGAUUGAUCUUUUAUGUCUGUGCCUGUACUCAGCAAAGCGAAAUUCGAUAUGAGCAGUGGAAUUUUCUUGAAAUGAGGGCCUCGAAAAUCGCACAAGACCUUCGAAUUGGUAGAUACCAACUCAUGACCAUGCUGAGCACUGGGGACUACAGUGAAGCCAAGGUGUUCAGACGCGUUGAUGCACAAGCCAUGGUAACAAUGGUGAUCGAGCGCCUCGCGAGAGUACCAAGGAAAAUGAUACCAGUGAAAGCUAAUCCAACUCACGGGUUUGACCUCCUGCAUGUCUACCGAGGGCAAAUCGAACGUCUGGAGUUGCAAGCGCGAAACUCUCCCAAUGUCGCAACAUUUGACCACAUCCAGCAGCUCAGAGAAGAGCUUGGUAUUCUAAAUGCCGUUUUUGAUCAGCAAUUGCAGUUCCUUGAGCAAAUGGGCUCUGUGUGGGAUUUUAAUAAACGAUCAAGGAGCGAAGUUAACCAGCAAAGAAUUAGCCAGAUCCGACGGCAGAUCAGUCGAAUGAAACACGAUCUAGGCGGACUUGAUCGACUGGCUGAGAAAGCAUCCAUACUGGUUAAUAUUUACAUCCGUGGAAACUUUGAUUUAGUUCCAUUUACUAAUUAG